UGUAAAUAAUUUCAUGGAAACUUGUGUAUCCCACGUGGGUGACGAGAAGCAUGUUAACGUUAUUAACAACAUCGAGGUUAACACGGUUAACGGUAAUGCGAUUCGACUGUAUGUAAUUUCAUUCAAACUCUGCACGUUUCGAAACCGAUACAAUGCCAAAAGUUCGUACGCAAGCUGUUUCCCGGGUCCACAAAGAAGUACAGAGACAAGGGAUAUUGUUUAAUACCGACAAAGGUCAGCACAUCUUAAAGAAUCCUUUAGUUAUUCAAAGCAUGGUUGAAAAAGCUGCCGUCAGACCGACUGAUGUUGUGUUAGAAAUUGGUCCUGGCACGGGUAAUAUGACAGUGAAACUGUUGGAAAAAUCCAAGAAAGUAAUAGCUUGUGAAAUCGACCCGAGAAUGGUGGCAGAAUUACAAAAACGUGUUCAAGGGACAGUAUACCAAUCAAAAUUGCAAAUAGUAAUUGGAGAUGUACUAAAAUCAGAUUUACCCUUUUUUGAUCUGUGUGUUGCUAAUAUCCCGUAUCAGAUAUCAUCACCAUUAAUAUUUAAGUUGCUCUCGCACAGACCUCUCUUUAGAUGUGCUGUGCUCAUGUUUCAAAGAGAAUUUGCAGAACGUUUAGUAGCUAAACCUGGUGACAAAUUAUACUGUCGUUUGAGCAUAAACACACAGUUACUGGCACGAGUAGAUAUGUUAAUGAAAGUUGGAAAAAAUAACUUUAGGCCUCCACCCAAAGUAGAAUCAAAUGUAGUGAGAAUCGAGCCACGAAAUCCACCAGUUCCGAUCAAUUUUCAAGAAUGGGACGGUUUGACACGAAUUGCAUUUCUUAGAAAAAACAAAACGCUAUCUGCAGCGUUCAAACAAACCGCAGUUACCACAAUAUUGGAUAAAAAUUAUAGAAUACAUUGCAGUUUAAAUAAUAAGACUAUCCCUGAUGAUUUUGAUGUGAAACAGUUGAUAAGUAACAUAUUGAAAAAAGUAGAAGCCGAGAAUAAACGAGCCAGGACCAUGGACAUAGAUGACUUUAUCAGCCUUUUACAUGCAUUUAAUGCGGAAGGUGUGCACUUUACAUAAAUUACAUCAUACAUAUUAUAUUCAGAUAUAGAUAUAAUAUAAACUAAGGAUUUGUAUAAAUAUAAAAAUAAAAUUAACGUUUUCUUAAAAAAGUAAUAAGUUGUGUACAAUAUUUUCUCAUGAGAAAGAUUAAAAGUAUAGAUUCAUUUACAUAUAUGUUUAUACGUGUAAUCGAUUGAAAUAUUUGAGUGUUUAUUAUAUUUUAUUUACAUUGCACGCUUUUAUAUACUACUUGUAUAAAUAUUCUUAUAUUUAGCUAAUUAUACACGAGAUUAUAUAUUUUAGCUCCAAACAGAACUUACUAUGUCUUAUAUAAAAACCACACAUAUAUGUAUUAUUACAGAUAACAGAUAACAUAUUAUU